AUAUAUUGCAAUCCCCGGUGAAAUUUUUUCACAUCGGUUGAAGAUCUGUUGGCGAAAAGGCGAAAGAAAGCACCUCCCCAGGAAAAGGGCUGGAGAACCUCUCCAUCAACGAGAAGGGCGAUUUUACCGUCCAGAGCGACGGUACAAGCGACUGGAAAGGCUUUUCAGGGUGCAGAAACACCCUCCGUGGUUGACUACAAGGGGCUAAACCCAAUUUACCGUGGAUUCUCCCGAGACCAUUUGUGAUUUUCAAAACACAAAAUGGAAGCAAAAUCUAUCGUACAAAUACCCAUCAGCUGCCAAUAUGGCUUGCCGAGGUAUAGAGGAAGAGGAGACAGUAGGGAGCCGGGGGCCGGUUGUAAACCCUGUCGAGAUCAUUUCGACAGGACUCUCGAAGGACACCAGUGUGAUCUUCGGGCACCAGGCCCCCGGUACUGCUCAACGGGCAUCGAUGCCAAUGAGCAGCCUUUUUAACCAUGGUGAUCCCGACCUGUCUUUCUGCGAUGUGCUAGCAGCCUACCCCAUUGAGACAGAGUCGGACCAGCCUCCUACCGUCGAUGUGGAGGGAUUCACAGACCUAAUGCUCUUCCCCGAUCUGAUGGGGGUCCUUGAGGAGAACCUGCCGGGCUCAUUCCAGGACCUCCCCCUGGAUCCCAUGGGGGGAGUCGGGGAACCUUUCAAGCCACGGGAUGUCAUCUCGUCCGUCAGCGAUGGCGGCGAGAUCAGCCCAGCUGAGAGCGACGCCUCUGUGGAUCAUUUCUUCAACACAUUUACGGAUCUGACCGGGUUCCUUCAGCAAUUGACGGAGGAGACUGGUCCCACUGAUCUCAAUGAUUUGGCUACUUCCAUCGCAGGAAGCAACGACCCUUUAAUGACCGACGCAGAACCAUCUGCAAUGGCUACGACCACCCUGCCAACACCCGUUGGCUCUGAGACAGCAUGCAAGGAAGAGGAGUGCAGCCCCCGUCGCCCCGCCCCAAGCAGCGACGAUGAUGAUGAUGAUGACGAGGCCCCGCCCACCAAGAAGGCUCGCACAUCCCGCCACAAUGCCAGCGCAAAAUCAGCUAAGCAAAAGUAUCGUCAGCGCCGCGACAAGAACAACAUCGCGUCGCAGCGCUCCCGUGCCACCCGCAAACAGCGCGAGGGGGAAAUGGUUGUCAAGGCGAAGGAGCUUGAGGCCGAGAACGCGCGCUUGCGGGUGCGCAUUGACGAGCUAACCGUUAUUGCUGAAGAGGCGCGAAAGUGCUUAGUGGUUUCCCUGUCUCAGAAGUAAUCUGGUUUCAUGGUUUCUCCCAACUGGGUUAUAUCCCAACUCGAGCUAAGUUCUGUAACUGGUGUACACUAUCCCUGUACCUUUAAUAGUCCAGUUGAUGAAGACCAUUGCCCAAUUUCAUUGAAAAGCUUAGAAUGUUGGAGAUUAAACCCAGUUAACCAGUACAAAUCAGAUUGCUCGGAUUGUGAAUUCAACUUUAUGGAAAGGUACACUUUGUAAAAAGGUAUGUUUUGUGGAAACAAAUAGAAAGGUAGCAUUUUAUAGUUAAGAGUUAGAUUUGGGAGUAAAUAUAUAUUCAUGCAUAUAAGCACUGUCAGAUUAUUUGUUAUUGACAUGGUGCAUGAAUGCCACAAAAUUCCGAUAUGGAUGGGAGUGGAGUUGCACGGUUGAUGCAUAAAUAAUUGAAUAUUUAUAAGUUAAGCUCGAGCAAUUCACUCUCGUCCAUGGUCGCUAAUUUUGGGGUUUUAAGACUUGGAGACAUUUGUUAAAUGGGUUUUUUUUUUUUGAUACAAUGUUUGAUCACAAAUAAGUAAUGUUUUGCUAACAUUUGUUUAAGUUGUGAUUAAUUAUUGGACCUUUUUUAGUGGAUGCACAAAAUAUAGCAUGAAUUCUUGUUACAUGUAUAUUGAGAAACUAAUUUUGUACAGAAAAAUGUAAAUAUUGAAGCAGAUUUUGUUUUAGCUGAGUUUACCGCACAAAACACAGUACAUGUAUUGUAGAAAGUUCUGAAAGGAUGCAUUUUUUUCCCCUUCAUUUCAAUACAUUUAUUCGCUGCUUUUAGUUUAUGUAUUAGGGUACAUGGUUAUGUACAGUGCUUUUGUGUAUUGUGUGCACAUUUUACUGGAAUGUAUGAUUUAAAUUCUGCAGCCAACUUUUUCAUAAGUUUGUUUUCAGUCAUUUGUGUCUGUUGCAUAGUGAGACCUUUUGUUUCAUACAGGCCCAACUAUGCAACGGACCCAAAAUGGACUGAAAAUGCACUUAUGGAUCUAAACAAUACUUUCAGUGCUAAAACUGAAUUUUAGAAACUACAUGAAUAUUUGCUUGUUGUAAUACGAAGGAAACACAGUCGAAGAGAUCUGUUUGGUUUCGGUAAAUACACCAAGGGUUUACCCAAACCAAAAAGGGGCCCACCACCAUUUUAAGGUUAACUGCACAGCACUGCAUGGCAUUGUUCAAACUUAUAACGUAUUUCGUGUACAGAAAAUAACUUUAUACCCAAUCUCAUAAGUAUCUUGCAUAUAUACGUGUAUUGAGCAAAAAUGAGAACCUCACUGAUUGUGUGUAAAAAAAAACAAGAAAAUUGCCGAACUUCAGAAGUAUGUUACAUGUACUACGUAAUGAACAAUUACAAGUUGAUUGAGAAAUCUGUAAAUAAAUGUUGUAAAUAAUCAGAGUUGGGCUGGCAGAGCUGCAUUCAUUGUUUUGUAUAUUAUUUUGUUACAAUCCAGGAAAUGGAAUCUGUAUGUACAUGUAGUAGCUUGUUCUAAUGUUAAUACUCUUCUACCACAAACCAAGUCAGCUAUAAAUUCUAUUAAAGUGACUGUUUGAUUUAUAUUUUUGCAAAAUCUCACGCCUUACCUUUUUACUGUCAAGGCCUAAAGCCCCCCCCCCCCCCCAAAAAAUAAAGCCAAAUUGUUUUUGUCAAAGCAUGUAAAAAGAAUCCCUUAAAACAAAUGAAUGUAUUCUGUAUAACGAAUUACAGUAGAAAUUACCCAUGUUAAAGGAUUUGAAAUAUGGUUUGUGGUUGGGAAAAAAUAAAGCGAUCAAAAUGAA